AUACCGUAACAUUGAGUGACCAUAACUCAACUAACAGGUAAGAAUGUAACAUUUCUACCUGUACAUCCAGUUUUCUACAGAUUAUUUCACAAGCAAAAAACACUAAAAAGUAAUGAUUAAAGAAUGAUUAUAGUGAUAACUUUGCCCUCUCACAGAGUACAGUAUAACACUAACUUGUGAGUGAUAAGGAAAAGUGACUAACUAGCGAGAACAGAGAGCACAAAUACAUUUGAUGGCAGAUAUUACAAAUGCCACAUUUACAUUUCAUUUAAUUUCAAGUUCUUCCAAUUGUACCUCUCAAUAUAAAUACCUCUGGAACAGGCACAGUAGGACCUGAGCUGUGUUGGAAUACUCAAACUAUCCGCAUGAACAGUACUAUUUGUGAUGUAAAUGGAGAAUGUAUUAUGCUUAUUGGUCAUAGUAUGGAUAGAGUUAUUAUGCCGAAAGUCCCCGGAUGUCGUACUACAUUCAAAAUAGUCAAAAUAGGAAGUAUAACAAGCAGUGGACACUAUUUCAAUGCAAUUCUUCAGAAAAUGGGCGUGGCGUCACAACAUUUUCAGAUUUGAAGAAAAUUGCGAAAAUAUGCAGCUGAAGUCCGAUGAAAGCGGACACAAAUGCAUUGCUUUAAGUAAUUAUGACAAAUGUUAAGAAAAUGUUGAGCAAUGUAAUAAUGUAAUGACUUUUCAAAUAAAUGAUGUUACACGUUAUGUUGGGUGACAAUUUGUUAGGUACGCUAGCCCUUACGAACCGUAUAGCAUAUCAUUACAGCAGUUGCUUGUAUGUACCGGUAUGUUAGCUGGCUACCUAACGUUAGUUGGCUACUAAUACAUCAAACUUGCCAGGAUAUUAACUAUAUGCUAUCUAACUAACCACCCAACAUUUAUUGACUUUAUUAUUCAAAUCAUUCUUAGGUUAGUUAAGUGGUAUAGUCAUUGUGCGUUCUCAUUGGACAUUGUUCACAAAGUCGUAAGAUGUCUAGCUAGUCAUUUGUUAGCUAUGCUAACAAGCUAGCAAGAAGUUGCAUAGCAACAGCAUCAACUUCCGGUAGACAGGCAAAGCGCUAGUACACUCAACUGAAAGGAUACCGUCCAUUUACAGUACCAAUAUGAAAUUAUAGUAUGUAGUAUGUACUCAUUAAGUAUGUAGUAUACAGUAUGUAAGUAUGGGUAUUCGAACACAGCACUGGUUUCUUGUUGAAAUUAACUGUAACCUUUUACUCCCUUCUUCAACGUCACUAGAUGGAAAUCAGUAACAUACACAAAAAGAAGACAAUCGUCUUUUCUGUUAUUUUUCUACUUGUUUUGAUAGUAAUCUUAGUUUUGAUCCUCGGCAUUCCCCAUUCAAAGGAUGGAGAAACUGAGAACGGAGGGAUUCAAGAUGGAGGGAUUCAAGAUGGAGGGAUUCAAGAUGGAGGGAUUCAAGAUGGAGGGAUGCAAGAGAUUCUACCUCUAGACAUGGUCCGUUCUUCUGUUGAUGAUAAAUACGAUGGUUGCAGAGAUUUAAUGUUGUGGGCGGUUGAAAACAUGUACCUCUACGAUGAGUUAAACACGAAUCCUCAAUUCAAUACAUCCUGGAACAUAGCAAAACCACAUGCUAUACCACAUGGAGACAGUUUGAAUACAGAGCAUUCCAUUGCUAUCUAUUUGUAUACAAAAAACAAACCAGGACACAAUUCCAGAUCGAUGUACCUGGACUUUAACAAAGCAGUUCAAGAGGGCAAUUCUGCAUAUAUGACAACAUCAUUCAAGUACCAUGCAUUGCAUUUCUACCUGACUGAUGCCAUUCAGAUUCUUAGAGAAAGACAAGAGACAUGUAAGGAAACCUUUCACAGAACCAACAAGAAGUUUGAUCUGAGUGUUCUCAACCACGAGAUCCGUUUCGGCACCUUCGCCACAAGCUCUUUAAGAUCCAACUUAACCAACUUUGGGAACGUGUCUUGCUUUGAGAUCCACACUUGCUUUGGCGCUGAGCUAACUUCUUACUCAGCCUUUCCUGAAGAGAGAGAAGUUUUAAUUCCGCCAUAUGAGAUUUUUGAAGUCACCAAAAUCCAGACAAAGUCACGAGUGAAUAACCUGUUGUGUGAAGUCGUCUACACACUAAAGAGCAAGGGAGUAGACAGUGAUCUGAAUUGCAAAUUGAUUUUGAAUGGAGGAGAAUCAAACAUCAUCAGAGCAUCAGAUACAGGCUACAUAAUUCUCUAUAUUAUGUUGAUUACUACUGUAUAUUACUGAUCAUUACCAACGUACGAUGAGAAGUAGCCUGAUCUGACACAGCUGCCCCAGCUUUACAGUGUAAAGAUCCUGGCUGUGUUCCAGGUCAGCUACAUUGCAGACGCAUGCCUAAUCUCACGCCUGGAUAGGCCUUUAACAUAUCAACUAACCACAUCAUAUCGCAAUCUGAUGCCGAUUGCGCAGUCGAGGACGUGGCACACAACCAUUGGCUGAUGCAAUGCAACAUCAGAAAUUUAUUCGGCCUGUAAUGCAACCCCUGUUCAGGCUUGUUUUAACCAGCAUUGACUGCUACUGUAUUACAAUUGUUGAGAUUAAAUGUCUUGGUCAUAUGUAAUAAUUUCUUGACAUUUGCUGUCAUGUACACCUUGACCACGGCUCGCUACAGUACACCUGGCAGCUUUUGAGGUUUGGGAGGGGAGGGAUUUUUCGGCCUUACGUUGCACGAGACUUGCAAAGAGAGGGGGGAGGGGGGCUACCAAAGAUGAUCGUCCCUGGUUUCACCACUAGUCCAACAUCUCAAUGCCCCACAACAGUAACUGUCCAGAGGCCAGUGCUCAUGCAAUAAUUGGUUCUGAGUUGCCGAGAUGAAGCCAAAGAGAACCAGCCACUAUCAUCACAUACACAUCUGAGUGACAUUGUGGCUAACAUGAUAAAGCUUCUUUCACAUUACACCAUUUUCAAAAUCGUUAAAAUCACCUUAUGUGCCUGACUGUCAUGCCUAAUGGCUGUACAAAGACAUGACAUGUUAGUACUGGCUUUAAAGCUUGCUUCACAUUUCAUGGUUUACAAAAUCCUACAGUUUACCUUUCACACUAUGCAAGUCUUGACAGGAUUGCACGUGUCUCAUGUCUAAUCUGAAAUUAAUUAUACCAGACAAGCUGACUCAAUUGAACCUAAGGUCAGUUCGUACCGGGUUGUAAGAAUGAGAGUGAGGAGAAAAUAAAACUUGGAGGACUCUCUGAGGCUGAGUGAGAGGGUUGGGUGAGAGAGCACUGAGAAAGGUUAGUCUUUUCCUGUCUGUGAGAUCACUGGCUGUACGCCUCAUCAGAGUAGGAGUGCUGAUCUAGGAUCAGUUUUGCCUUUUAGAUCAUAAUCAAUACGAUUAUAUGGACAAGGGAUCCUAGAUCAGCACCAGAGCUCCGUACUGCUCACUAAACCAAUCACAACUAGGAGAGAGAGUGGGAAGAGGAGGCUGUAUCAAAGAUGAAUGAUACAGCUACAGUACCUAUCCUAAAUACCAUGCUAGCCUUUUCAUGCAAGUGAUAUUCUGUCGGUUUCAUUAAGUACAUUGUUCACCUGGAAAAACUGGUUUGAGAGACUCAGUCAAGCAUAACCGACAUACGUUGAUAACAUGUAAGAACAAUAUAGGCCAUAGGUUAAUAGAGAGAAAGGACUAUAUGUAGGGUUCUGUCUGGUAUGUUGUUCUACCAUAUGACUAAACACACUGGCCACGUCCA